AUGUCCUCUUCAGACAGGUAUCAACUUUGGGGCGGUUGUUUCGGAGAAGAACCAUCAUCGGUACUAAGGCGUUUAAAUGACUCUUUAGGUAUAGAUGUCAGACUCUUCCAUGAAGACAUCCGAGGCAGUCAGGCUUGGGCAAACGAAUUAUACCGCAGUGGUCACCUUUCGGAAGAUGACAACACGGCUAUUCAGAGCGGACUAAAGAAAGUAGAAGAAGAUAUAGAACAAGAACUAUGUAACAACGGCCGACUCAAUGAUCCCGAAGAAGAUAUCCAUUCAGUAGUUGAAAGACGUCUUCAAAAGUACGCGGGUGAUGCUGCUCUUAGACUCCAUACCGCUCGAAGUCGCAAUGACCAGUCAGCAACAAACACUAAGCUAUGGAUGCUAAAAUCCUUACAAAACAUCAAGAAAGAAAUAUGUCAACUGAUAUCAAUUUUCAUUUCACGAGCAAAACAAGAAAUCGAUAUCAUUGCACCCGGAUAUACACAUUUGCAACGAGCCCAGCCAAUCCGCUGGAGUCAUUUCUUGUUGAGUUACGCUUGGAUGUUUCGAGACGAUAUUAUAAGGUUAGAAGAGAUCGUUGAAAGACUUUUUUAUAGUCCUUUAGGUAGUGGUGCUAUUGCUGGUUGUGCCUUGCAAAUAGACAGGCAGAGAUUGGCCGAAAGUUUAGGCUUUAAACAAUGUACGCCUAACUCCAUGUAUGCUGUAGGAUCUAGGGAUCACAUCGUCGAAUACCUCAACUGGGCUUCGCUGUGUGGAAUUCAUUUAAGUAAAUUAGCCGAAGAUCUGAUCAUAUAUAGCACACAAGAAUUUGGUUUUAUAAAACAUUCGGAUCAGUUUUCAACUGGAUCCAGUCUUAUGCCCCAAAAAAGAAAUCCAGAUGGCUUGGAACUAGUGAGGGGGGCUGCCGGUCUCCUGCUUGGUGAUGCAUUUUCCUUUAGCUGCAUUUUAAAAGGCUUGCCAAGCACUUACAACAAAGACUUGCAGUCGGAUAAAGAAGUAUUAUUUAGAUCUUAUGAUAGAUUGCUCGAUUGCAUUAAAGUUACAGCGGGAACUGUGGAAACCAUGCAGAUCGAUGAAGAAAGGUCAGUAGGUGUCUUAGAUGCUGGAAUGCUCGCUACUGAUCUAGCCCACGCCUUAGUUCGUGUGGGGGUGCCGUUUCGUCGCGCUCACCAUGUUGUGGGCGCGGUCCUGCGCCGGGCCGCAGAACUCGGACAUGAUCUUCAAACACUGCCGCAUCGGGAAUAUAUUACCAUAUGUCCUGAAUUCGGAACAGAAGAAGAAUUACGAAAAGUAUUUUCUUGGGAGUCCAGUGUUGAGCAAUACACGGCCGAGGGCGGAACAUCUAAAUCAGCAGUGUCGAAGCAGAUAGAUAAUUUGCAGCAGUGGUUGGAAGAUAUCACAAAUAAAAUCAUGAUCCCAUCGGCUUCUUGCUGA